CGGAUUCCCUGCAUUUAUAAGCUGGACAUCAUAAGAUUCUUGUAUCUUCAUCCUGAAGUCGGUCGACUGAAGGCGGCUCGGACCUUUCUUGGUCAAGGUUACCUAUCCCCCACGAGGGUGGUGUACGUCACCGUGGAAGCUUUUUAUGAACACAUUUCUCGAGGUAUCCUGUGGCCCGAACCAAAGAGUACAAAUACAAGAUGCAACUAGCUCCCAUCACGGUUCUCAUUAGCCGUUCAACACAAGGUCAUGAUGCACCAGAGACGAAAGGACACCUUGGAAUGACCGCUAGCAUCAUACUGGCCAGUGUGGUCACGAUUACUUUAACCAUUCGUUUAUAUACCCGCAAGUGGUUAACCCGGGGAUUCGGGCUUGACGAUAUCUUCAUUAUACUCGCAUAUUUUCCUUCCACCGCAUACACUUUAGUCGGCAUUAUUACUGAGAAGAACCUUCGGUGGGACCAUCACAACAGGGGCAGGGAACCAAAUCUCUCUACCUAUAGCCUACAAAUAAUUUUCGCCAACCAAAUCCUGUUCGAAUUAGCAACUAGCUUAACCAAAUUAUCGAUACUCAUCCUGCUCUAUCGGCUCACAACUGCGGCGAGUGGUCGCAAUGUGACUAUUGCCGUAUUGAUAUCAAUAGGGACUAUUGGCAUCGAUUGCUUCAUCUUCAUCUUUGUCAGCUUUCUCCAAUGCAUACCUCUAUCAGCCUAUUGGGAUCAUUCGAUCCAGCCACAGCAUUGUAUCGAUUGGGCUGCCCACAUACUCGCAGCUAGUAUCAUCAAUACCAUCACCGACUGGGUCGUCGUACUCCUACCCAUCUGGGUAGCCCUUAGGUUAAACUUGCCUAUCAGACAAGUCGGUAUAGUUAUCUUCCUAUUCGGGCUCGGUAUUCUCGCAAGUUCCGCGGGAAUUGUGAGAAGCUACUAUGCGUGGAUUUUGAUUUUUCAUUCUUAUGAUAUCAAGAGUAUCAGGGAUGUCUGGCUUACUAGUAUUAUUGAAUUGAAUCUCGGUAUAAUAUGUGCCUCUAUUCCAGCCAUGAAGCCAUUUUUCGCAACCUAUCUCCCAGGGAUAUUAAAGUCUUUACGACAACGUAGUUCUAUGACCGUCAGGGAUAGAACACCACUGACGCAUUCGCCGUCUUUUACGACCUUUAUUGACCAGUCCUCGCCGUCCUCGUCUUUUCUUCUACGGCACUUAGCACCGUUACCGGCUAGCCAUCAACAUGUCAACCUCAAUAAACCAUUGCCGCCUAUUAUACCUCCCCGAUAUGCCGAUCUCGAGAUGCAAUCGGAACCUGAAGCGGAGUUGGGUACAUCUUACCGCCCACCACAAAUACCCCCUCGUAGCUAUUACAGGGCCGACAUAUCGCCAAGCAACCUACUACCGAGUGAUUGGAUAUUCAUCAUGUAUCAAGAGGGCAAUGACCUAAGGCUUCUCCAGCAGAUACCUAACCGCGCCGAACUGGCUUGAUCCAUACUGACAGUUACGCGGCAUGCAGACUAUUUCCAAUAUCAUUAACAACGGCGUUUAAUGGGCACCAGGGCAUUGCGUGGGUCUUGAUUCGUUCAUUUGGGGGUAUUAGGCUGGAAUUCCCAUCGUUGUUCAGAUCAGUUUCAAGCUCUUAGAGGUAUACACGCAGUUUUGGACAAGGGCGACUGCUUAACUAUGUUGGCAUAGACUCGCGGGUUGCUAUUAUGGAAGUACUUGCUUCUAUUAAUCGAGACUCAAUGAGAACAUUUAGACCGAGACUGGAUUAGGCUUUCCCCCUUUUUCCAGGUUUAAGGGUAGACACGAGAGGCCGGCUUGAUUAGGUAGGUAAGGAUGCUAUCUUAGAGAAACAGAAACAAAUCACAUUUGACCG